AUGAUGUCGAAGCUUCAGGACUCUCUGGCUGGCCCAGGCUAUGUGAUUCUCAACGCCCUUCGCGCACUCAACAUCAUUACUUUCCUCGACAUCAUUGCAUCCUGCGUGGUUAUGUUGGUCAAGAUCAACAACUAUAACGGAUUUUUCUUCUUCCAAGCAGUGACCCACGCAAUUAUGGCACUGAUCAGCAUCGGUCUUAUCGUCACUGAAUUGCCUGUCUUCCGGCGCUAUAUCAACCGUUCAUGGCCCAUGUUUGGAGAGGAAGCUGGAUUCUUCGCUCUGGCGGUGAUCAUGUUGAUUCUGGGGGUUGCCGUACUAGGCAACCUGAACACCGAGGCUAUGACCCAGAAGUCACUGGGACUCGCAUUCUGGAGGAUCAUCAUCUCGGCUGGCAUUCUCGCCAUGGUCGUCAGUCUGGUCAACAUUCUAGCGACCAUCAUCUUCACGGACCGUGCUCAAGGCGUCAGUGCCCGCCAUGUGCGACAGUACGGGGCAGUCGCACCACAAAAGGUGUUGAGUCGGGCCAGCAGUCGGUCUUUCCAGCCCGGUCAGAAUUCGAAACGCGAAGAUGAUUCUCUUCCAAGCUACUCCCCCGAAUCCUUCUCCAAGCGCUUCACGAAGCGCGUGAGUGGUGGUCGCUUUCCCGUGAAGAUCUCUAGUCCCAUGAAUCCGACCAAUAAUGGGAAGAGCCUGCAGGUACCAUCGGUCAACGACGCGGCGUCUUCACGGUACUCGCGCGACUCCGAGGGUAUCACCAUUCCUGAUCUGGCGCAUCAUCCGGCCUACCAGUCAAAGUCGACCGCUUUUAACCCCGAGGUCGAAUCAAUCGUGGUGUGUUGGCCUCUCCACAUCACGUUAACACUUGGCCAUUUCUGCUGCCUCGUCGUCUCCUCUCUUCGGAUCUUGGAUGGAUUAGAGACUCGACUCUAUGCGAGCUCUAUCAUGGCUGGCAUCGGGAUCUCAUGGGAGACCGUCAAGUCCCUCCUCAUCUUCUUCGGACCAAUCCUUCUUCCCCGCUUGAUCACAGCCUACCGUAGCUUGCGGGUGUCUAUCGCGAGUCGACCGCCAGCACAACCGAUUCCUGCUGGCGCUAGCCGUGCAUUGAAUGUGCUCUUCGCCAGCGUCGCCUUCUUCCUCGUCCUGAGCCUUCCCUUUAACCCGCACGCCCCCGAGGCCAACAUCUUCACCCUCACCCGCUCACGGAUCAACACCCCCAGUGAUGUGCUGUUCCAUCGUCUGUCGCGCCUCCGGCCCAACAAUUUGUUGACGGACACGGAUGUCCGGCUGCGUGAGAGACUCACCUCUCUCGGUGCCCGAAAGGUCUAUCUCACCUACGGUCCCGAUGCCUUAGUUUCGUGUCAAUAUUGCUCCUUCGAGAACCUCGACACGUACUUCCUGUACUAUCUCCCCUUCCACGUCCUCUUACCGCAUCUUGUCCACCUUGCGAUCCUGGGCGCCGCCACCUCCGCUCCCCUUGCCGGUCGCGAAUCCGCCCGCUGGCGCACCAAGUUUACACUUGCCGGACUGGUGCUCGCCGCCUUGGACUUGUGGAUUGUGUACUCCUACGAUGCAGUCACCUCGGCCUCCCCUGCUAUGCGGGCGGGGCAGACACCCCCCGUGGGCCUGUACAACAUGAUCACACUGCUUCGACCUCUCGCAUUGACGAUCUUUGACGCUCUCUGCGCUCUGGUUAUCUACCUGUCCUCCACCAACCGCUUCUUCUUCAAGCCACCCUCACAGAAAGAUCAGGUGGACCAGGCUGUUUCGGCAGUGUUGACUCUGUUGACGGGUGCCAACAACAAACUCCAUGCUGCGAGUGUGGCUCGCAAUGCGGUCGUUCGCGAUAAGGCACUCAAGUCGCGCGAUGAUGUCUACUGGCAGACAAUGGUGGCGGUCGAGAAUCCCACGCGGGGGUCAGGAUCGGGCGCAGGGCCGACCGAGCAGCAGAUUGAGGGUGUGGAGCGGGUAGAUGUGGUGAAUAAUAUCUGGGAGGAAGAGGAGUGGCUCGAGCCAUGUCGAGGGCGAUGGCUGGGCAGGGAGGAAUCGAUUUGGCUCAAUUAG